AUGACAGACAAUAAAUUUAAUAAAAAAGAAUUACAAAAUAAAUUACAAGGAUUUGCGGAAGGACAAGAUUAUUCUAUUCUUGCUGAAAAUGGUAAACAAGUUUAUGAUAUCCAUUCCUCCGCGUUAAAAAAAUCACUGUGGGGAGACCGAAUUCCCGUGUGGUGUAAAAUAGAAGUUUAUGAUAACGAGAAUGAACAUUAUCGCGGUCGCUUUGAGGGAUACGAAAAUGGUUAUCAGAGCCUCCAAAAUGGUCUAGACAAUAAUUUAAUAGAAAUUGGGUCUAGUAAAAAUGGUUCGGAUUAUAAAUCGGAAACGGGCAAAGCCGAGGGGAAUUUUGCUAAUCAAAAAAAUAAAAAUCCUUGGCAAAUUGGCGAAAAUAUUGGUCAUGGUGAUAAAUUUGCUCCAAUUAAUCCCGGUCCAGCAAGCGACAAACAUAACGAAGAACACCUUGCUUCGCUUAGAGAAAGUCAAUCUGCCCUAGACCAACAAAACAUCCAUUUAAAAGCGGAAAAUAAGUCUCUUGAACAACAACUAGCCCAAGAACGGCAAACUAAAAAAGAAAUUGAAGAACAAGCCCAAGCCGAACGCAAUAAUCUACAAAACGAAUUAAAUCAAUUACGCCAAGAGUUAAGGCAAACGCAAGAAAAAAUAACUCAACUCCAAGCCGAGUUAAAAACUGAAUUAACUAAAACUUCUAACCCUGAUACCCAAAAAGUAAUAAAACAGCUAACUAAAACUCAGCAAGAAUUAAAAAAAAUUGACCAAUUAACUCCUAAAAAUAACCCCCAAGAAGAACAAUUAAACAGUUUAAGGGAACAAUUAGAUAAUUCGCAGCAAGCCCUUAGUGCCGCCGCGGCUCAUCGCCAAUCGCUCCUUCCAGUCCAGCAAGUUCAAUCAGCAGUGAAAAGCCAGCCUCCUGCCCUUUCUCAGCCGAAAAGCAAGGCUCCUUAUUUAGUUGGCGGUUUGGUUUUUUCGGGGGUUUCCCUACUAAUUUUGGGAUACUUUUUAGGCAAGGAGAAAAAAAGAAAUAAAAACUAA